AACAACAAAAGGAACACUAUAUAUAUAUUCAGGUAGAGAGAACGAAGUUACAAUCAUAAGACAAACGAAAUAAUGUUGAAAAUAUUAGGGUUUAGUGGUAAUAACAAAGUACCCAAAGAUACCAGCUUCGAGCUACCGGACCAUGUUACCACUAUAGAGCGAAACUGUACGUGUUUCCACGAGUCAAAGACAACCAAGGAAGGCAUUAAUCUCAAAGCUUUUCCGGUAAAAUCAAAUUCGUUUUCCUUGUCAGUAAUUUAUGAAAAACUCGAAAAUUUGGUAAUAAAGAUCUCGCUGAACACAUAUUCUCUUUACGACUUCAAAUUCGUUUCAAACUUUCUCGAUAGAAAGUCAAGGCAAAUUACUUUUCUAUUAUGUUUUCAUAUUUAUUUCAAUUACUAAAUAUCAAACAUUCGAUUGUAUGUAUUAAAAAGAAAAGAAGAAAUUUUUUUUUGAUAAUUAUAAUUAGCAAUAUAUACAAGAAAUCUUUAAUACACUUAAGGCAAUA